AUGCAAAAUACCUACAAAGGAAUUAAGGUACCUGGUGCCAAACCAGCACUUUCAGCACGAAUUUAUGGUGAUAAGUCUGCUUUCUAUGAUUGUGCAUUUUUUGUGCAUUUUUUGGGGUUCAAGAUAUAUUGUGGGAUGCCUCCGACCGCCAUCACUUCUCCGAUUGCUACAUUGAAGAAAUGUUCAAGAAAUGUUACCACUGGAGGAUUUAUAACAGCUCGAGCCAAGGAGUUUCCUAACGAUAUACCAGUGGUUUCGUAUUUAUAUAGCCGUUGCACUGUUUCUGGACUUGAGGGUGUUAGAGCUUACCUUGGGAGGGCUUUCAGGCCAUAUUCAACAGUAGUAUAUUUAUCUCAAGUGGUUGAGCCUGCAGGCUGGAGUCCUUGGCAUUAUCAGGGACAUGAGCGUGAUUUUACCUAUGCGGAGGUUAAUUGUAAAGGACGAGGAUCAGACAUUUCAAAGCGUGUGCCAUGGGAGAAGAAGCUUGAUGCGCAACAGAUCAAUCAAUUUUCGAAGUCAUCCUUCAUUGACCAAGAUGGCUGGCUUGCCAAUCUCCCUCUUUGA